GAUGCCGCUGAAAGAGAAAAGUGAAGAACCAAAUGAAAUGGAAGGCAAAGAUCAGUAUAAGAAACAUUAUUUCACUGGAGAAAAUUUUAGUUGCUCACAAACUAGACAGACUUUACAAAAGAAAGCUCGAAAGACAGGAACUAGAAGUCAUUUCAAUUGCCAACAAUGUGGAAAGAGUUUUAAUAAAAAAAGAACCUUUAACAUUCACAUUAGAAUUCACACAGGAGAGAAACCUUACACCUGCUCUCAAUGUGGACUAAGCUUCACUCAAAAAGGAACCCUUAACAGGCACAUUAGAAUUCACACUGAAGAGAAGACUUACACCUGCAAACUGUGUGGAAAUAGUUUCAUGCAAAAAGGAGACCUUAAAAACCACAUGAGAAUUCAUACUGGAGAGAAGCCUUACACCUGCCAACAGUGUGGAAAGAGUUUCUGUCAAAAAGGAAAUCUCAAAGUCCACAUGAGUGUUCACACUGGAGAGAGAUAUUUUAACUGCCAACAAUGUGGAAAAAGUUUCACUAAAAAAGAAAGCCUUGAAAUCCAUUUGAGAAUUCACACUGGUGAGAAACCUUACACCUGCCAACAGUGUGGAAAGAGUUUUUGUCAAAAAGGAAAUCUCAAAGUCCACAUGAGUAUUCACACUAGAGAGAGCGAUUUCAACUGCCAACAAUGUGGGAAAAGUUUCACUAAAAAAGAAAGCCUUGAAAUCCAUUUGAGAAUUCACACUGGUGAGAAGCCCUACAACUGCCAACAAUGUGGGAAAAGUUUCAUUAAAAAAGGAACCCUUAAAAUGCACAAUAGAAUUCACACUGGAGAGAAACCUUUUGUCUGCCCUCAAUGUGGACUAAGUUUCACUCAAAAAGGAACACUUAACAGCCACAUUAGAAUUCACACUGGAGAGAAGCCGUACACCUGCAAACUGUGUGGAAAUUGUUUCACUCGAAAAGGACGCCUCAAAACCCACAUGAGAUUUCAUACUGUAUAGAAUCCUUAUACCUGCCAAGAGUGUGGAAAGAGUUUCUGUCAACAAGGAGACCUCAAAGUCCACAUUAGUGUUCACACCGGAGUGGGAUAUUUCAGCUGCCAAUAAUGUGUAAAACGUUUCACUAAAUAGGGAAACCUUGAAGCCCACAUGAGAGUUCACAAUAGAGAAAAGCCUUUCAUAUGUCCUAAGUGUGGAAAGGGUUUCUCUCAACAAGAAAACCUCAAAGUCCACAUGAGUGUUCACACUUGAGAAGCCUUAUACCUGCCAACAGUGUGGAAAUAGUUUCAGAUGCAAAACAUCCCUUAAUAAUGUAGCGUAUCAGAGCAAAUCAGACAAUUUAAGAUUCGAUCAGAUUGGUGUUAAAACAACCCAAAGAGCCAAAUUCCACAAAGAGGCCCAGGACAACAAGACAACGUCAUAAAUCUGUGCACAAUACCCUGGCGCCACGAGUCUGAAGCAAGUCCACCAACUAGCAACUUUGAGCAGCUCACAGCAUUAAAACAAAAGAACACCUAGGGCCAGUUUUACUAAACAGGGCAAAUUAAUACGAG